CUCUGGCUCUGCCCGCUUCAGUCCGCGCUUUCCGCAGCCUGUGCGAGCGCGGCGGCAGCAGCAGGAGCAGCAGCUGGGGGCUCCCUCGGCAGCCCAGGCUGGAUCUUCGUUUCCUCUUAGGAGAAAAAAAACGAGGGAGGGAGGGAGCCUGGAGCACUGCGUGAAGGUGAGGCAUCCCCCGCCCCCCUACUCCGGCGAAUACAAAAAUUGCCACCGGCCCAGUUUCAAGUGUUCUGCCACGAAAGGAAGACGAUCCUCCUCCUUUUUUAAAAAAACAAAAAGCCUCCUCAAUGAGUGCCAAGCUUUCCAAGGAGUUGAGGCUCUCCCUGCCGCCGUGCCUCUUGAACAGGACAUCUGGCUCUCCAAAUGCCAGCAGCACCUGCAUCACGCAAGUGGGCCAGCUCUUCCACUCUUUCUCCUCCACGGUCGUUCUGAUUGUCUUGAUCACCCUCAUCCUUUGCCUCAUCCUGCUCUCUCUCAUUACUUUCCACGUCCACAAGAGGAAGAUGAAGAAGCGGAAAAUGGAAAGAGCUCAGGAGGAGUAUGAACGGGACCACUGCAGCGCCACCAGCAACGAGUCGGGGAAUCCGUGUGAAAUACCCCAAGGAAGAGAAUCAUCCGGCCUUGGAAGAACCGGCCAGGAUUCUAAUAGCCAGUGUACUUCUGCCAUGGAACCCCAGAACCCCCAUCCGGCAAGAUCCUGUUUGGACACAGAUGCUCCAGGGCUCUUGCAAACAGUGGUAUUGUCUUGAUUUCCUUGAUUUUAUUAUUUUUUUGUGUGUGGAGACCUCACCAAAAGACACUUGUUUGGUGUUUGUACAUACCUGAGUGAUUAUUAUAAUCCUGAUGAAGAAAAUUAUUAUUAUUACUAUUACUAUGAUUGAUAAUGAAAGAACGAGCCAGCCAGAAUUCAAGCGCAUGACAAAUUCUAUUGCGUUUCUUCUUGACUUUUGCAAAGGGAAGGAUGCAUCUCUUCAUUUAUGUAUUUUCCCCCCCUUUCAAGAGAAGACGAGAAAAAGCAAAGCUGCACA